AUGGAGACGCUCCGGCCCACGGGAAGGAUGCGCUGGGGGGAAAGUCGCCCAAAGGUGGGAAAUGCGCAGGCGAGGACGGCGGGACCAGGGACGGAUCCGAGGAGGAGAAGCUGCGCGCCAACGUGGAAAUGCGCCCAGGAGAAGCCGCCCGAAGGUCCUGCUUUUGGAGGAGGACAGACCCCCCCAAUGGAAUCUGCGCGCAACGUGGGAAAUGCGCCUUCGGGGGGUGCAGGCGAGGAUGGCGGGACCGGGGCCGGAUCCGAGGAGGAGAAGCUGCGCGCCGACGUGGAAAUGCGCCAAGGAGAGGAUCCCGCCUUUGGAGAGGAGAUGCGCCUUUGCAGGAGGAGAGUCUGCGCGUAGCGUGGGAAAAUGCGCUUUCGGGGGGGGGGGGUACAGGCGAGAUUGGCGGGCCCACGGACGGAUCCGACAAAGUGGAAGUUGCGCUCCCGAAGGCUGUAGAGCGGGAAAUGCGCCGACCUCCGGGAAAAGGUGGAAUCCGGUCUCGGGGGGAGGAGUGGAGGAGGACGAGGCCGGAUCCUUGGAUCCCUCCGGCGGCGAAAUGCGCUCUCGGGGGGCGCAGCCAGGCCGCGAAAUCCUCACUCGGGCCCAAUCCGCGGGGGGGGGGGGGUGUCCCGAUGCCUUUUGGGAGGGGGCACAAAUACCCGCACUUGGGGGGCGCCGGUGGACGAUGCGCACCUGGAGGGUGGCGUAGGGCGGGGGUCGCCGGCGGAUCCGUCUGGAUGCGUAAAAAUGCGCGUUUUCGGGGGGAAGGGCGCGCAGGCCUCGAAAUCCGCGCUCGGGGGGCGCCGGGGAGGGGGUGGGAUCCGCUCCUGGGGGGGGGGGCGCAGGGAGGCCCUCGCCUCUGUUUGGCCCGGCGGCCGCUGCAGAGGAUGCUCCGCGCUCCGCCUUUCCGAAAGGAGGAGGGAGGGAGGGACGGAGAAGGAAUCACGUGAUAGGAAGAGCAGUUUUGGGGGGGAGAACCCCAAAAAUAAAGGAAAUGAGAAUCCGGAAGAAAAAAGCAAAUUUUUCUCCAAAAUAAAGGGAAAUCGCCCUCAAAGCGCAGAAAGGGGGGGGCGGGGAGACAGAAAGAGUAGGGGGGAAGAGAGAGAGGGAGACGAGAAAGAAAGAGGAGAAUGAGAGGGAGAGAUGAGGGAGAAGAGAGGGAUGGGGAAAGAGAGAGGAGGAGAAAGGAAGAGAAGGGAAAGGAAGGAAGGGAAGAGAGAGAAGAGAGGGAUGGAGGAAAGAGGGAAGGAGGAAGAAAGAGAGGAGAAAAAGAGGAGGGGAAGAGAGAAAAAAUAGAGAGGAGAAAGAAAGAAAGAAAGAAAGAAAGAAAGAAAAGAGAGAAAAAAAGAAAGAAAGGAGAAGAAAGAAAAGAAAGGAAGGAGAAAAAGAAAGAGAGAGAGAGAGAGAAGAGAGGGAUGGGGAAAGAGACAGAUGAAUGGAGACGAGAGAAAGAGGGGGGAAGAGAGAGUACAGAGAGAGGAGAAAGAAAGAGAGAGGAGAAUGGGUCGAUGGGGUCAUCUAGUCUGACCCGCUUCCGCCUCCGCCAUUCUAGGGUUAUUUCCCGGGUAUAGGGUGGUAUAUUAUUAUUAUUAUUAAUCUCUCAUGAGGUUCAUGCCUUGCUCGGGGUCCGACUGGAUGACCCCUUGGAUCCCCUUCCAGCCUGGCCCUUCUAGGAUUUUCUCUUCGCUUCUCCAAUUCCCCUAUGUUCCUCCAGACGGGGGAAAAAGAGCAUCCUCUGCUGCAUCGGUGGUCAGUUGCUAAGCAACCCCGCAUUCCAGGGAUUCUCCCACAAUGCUUUGCUCCAUUCUGGCGAGGCCCGAAACCUCCCAUUUCCACCCGCCGCCCCCCCCAAAGAUGUAUAGGGGAAAAAUCUGACAGCCGGACUAGAUCCGGUUUCAUCUAGUUUGACCCCUCCCCCCAGCAAGGCAGGAAUCUCAUCAUCCUCUUAUUAUUAUUAUUAUUAGAAUCUAUAUACAACCGGGGGGGGGGGGCAGACUGGAUGACUUUUGAGGCUCCCUUCUGGGUCCCCCAUUCUAGAUCCCUGCAUUACAGGAGGGUCAGACUGGAUGAAUUUUGGGGCUCCCUUCCAGCUCCCCAUUCUAGAUCCCUGCAUUGUAGGGGGGUCAGACUGGAUUACUUUUAGGGCUCCCUUCUAGCUCCCCCAUUCUAGGAUCCUGCGCUCCGUUUCCCGCCUCGCGGGGGGGGUCAGUCUGGAUGACUUUUGGGGCGCCCCUCCCCUCUUCGCUUCCCCCCUCCCUUCCCGUGUACUGCAGUGACGACGAGCGCCGCGAGUGCGCAGGCGCGGCCGGAGCUGCCCCCCCCCGCCGUCUUCCCGGUCCGAUUUCGGGGGGCCGCAGGGAGUCCCGGUAAGGCCCGCGACCCCCAUAAAAAAAACACAACUGGGGAGGGGGUCUGCAUGCGCCCGAGGUAUGCGCUCUCCCCCUUCUGGUUUUGGGGUUCCCGAUGGAGCAGGUCGAGGGGCCCCCAAGUUCUCCUAAUGCCCCCCAAAACGGCUCCCUCCCUCUUCCUGCCCCUCUUUUAUCGAAAGAUGGGCGGUCCCGUAGCCCAAAGCAUGCGCUUGGGGGGCUACGAAGGGGGCAGUUUGUAGGGUAUGUGUCCCCCCCCCGGCGGGCAAAUCCCUUUGGUUCCCCACCCCGCUUUCACAAAGGGGGAUGCAACGGCGCCCCAUCUCGCCUCGUGCUUUUGGAGGGCUACGGAUGGCGACGGUUGUGGGGCGAAUGUGGGGCGUGGGGGACCCCCAUUGGGACAGAUGGGGGACAGGAUUCCCCCCAAAGUCCUCCUUACACACACACCAAGCGGGUAAGUCCAUUUCGAUCCUUUCCCCGGCACCAGUGAUUGCCUGGCGAAUGGAAGGUUCGGAUGGGAAGGUACCUGAGGGUCAUCCAGUCUGACCCGCUGCUCAUAGCACGUGUGAAAAGGACCUCGGGGUUUGGGGGAACCACGAAUGUCACCUCACUGGAUUCCAGGCUUCUCUCUUGAGAUUCCUGCCGCCGCGAAUGGUCCGUUUCCAAGAAUCUCCAUCCAACCACCCGACCUCCGAGGAAGGUAUCAAAGGAGAGAACGACGAAAUGAGAGGAAGAGAGGAGAGAUGGGGGGAAGGAGAGAAGAGGAGAAUAAUAAUAGGGCGGGAAGGGACCGCCAAGGCUACUUUGGGUGCAGUUACAAGCUUGGUGGGUCAGAGGAACGCCUAUUAUUAUUACUGUAUUAUUAUUAUUACUAUUAUUAGGAUGUCAAAAACAGGUCAUGCCGAUGCCGGAUGAAUCUCAGGCCUCCUUCUCUUUCUCACCUUCCCCGUCUCUCUCCUCUAUUUCUUUCUUUCUCUCCUUCUUUCUCUCCCUCUCCAUUCCUCUCUCAAAUCUCCCUUUAUCUCUCCCCCCCCCUCUUUUUCUCUUUCCCUCCCUCCCCCUCCCUGGACUCCUUCUUUCUCUUCCCCAUUCCCCCCCUUCUCCUCUCUUUCUUUCUCCUCUCCUUCCAGUGUCGCAUCUCUCUCCCCCCCCUUCCUUCCUCUCUUCCCCAUCUCCCCUUACCCUUUCUCUCCAUCUCCUCUCUCUUUCUCUCUCCUUUCUUUCUCUGCCUCUCCAUUCCUCUCUCAAAUCUCCCUUCCUCUCUCCCUCUCUUCUCUCCCCCCCCCUCUUUUCCCAUCCCUUUCUCUGGGACCAGGCCAGCAGCCAAUUCCUUUCAUAUUCUUGAUCUGCUGAAUUCUUCCCUCCCUCCAUCCCUCCCCCCUCUUUCUGGCAGGAGAAAAGGAGGAGGUGACAUGGCCAGAGGGCAUCUCUCCCACCCACAGUGAGUAGGGUUCUCCUCCUCUGAGACAGGAUCAGGCCCUGCUGCUGCUGGAUUUUCCUGGAUCUGAAGGCCAACUGCAAACAGCAGCUGAAAUGCGAUGAAUUAUAAUUUAAAAAAGCAAUAUUUUGAGCUCUAUUGUGAAUGUUAAAAGAGGUGGUGCCUUAACUGGACAUUUACGUUUGCAUUAUUUGUGGGGCCUUUUUGUGGAGAAGCUGUGUCCCAACGAAUAAAUAAAAUGGUUCUGGUUUAAAAAUAAAAUAAAAAAUGCAAUCAGUUAUUGAAUUGCAGUUGAUUACAAAAUGGCAAAAGAAAGCCAUAAUGCCGGACCUGGUUGGCGAAAAUGCAAUGUGCAAAUCGAUGCCAACUUUGCAGUUGAUGAAGGCUGAAAUGCAGGGAAGAGAUAAGGGUUAGGGGUUGAGGAUAGGUAUAGGGGUUGGGGGUUAGGCAUGAGGUUGGGGGUUAGGGGUAGGGCCACCCCCCCCCCCGUUUCCCAGAGUUGUCCACCUUUUUUUAGGGAGGACAGCGCUGCCUGCGGGGCUGGAGGAGGCAGGCAAGGGUGACGAGCUGAUGCUGGGAGGCGCCGCAUUCAGCCUCCACCUCUUCCCUGAUGCCCCAUACCACUAGUCUCUAUAGGUAAGAUGCCCCUGGUUAGGGAUUACGGAUAAGGGUUAGGGAUAGGGGCUAGAGAUAGGAGUUAGGGAUACGGAUAGCGAUAGGGUUAGGGAUAACGUUUCCUUUUUUGGAAUAAUAAAAUCCCUUUUUUACAGAAAGGUUCAACCUUGCUGGCAUCCCAGAUUCUGUGCAUUAGGAUAGAGACCGAGGAUAGGAUUCGUCCCUCCCUGUGUCCUGGAAUCCUGUCUUCUCCUGCCGCUGGAGAUGCAAUGCCAGAGGAAAGCUGGGAUGCUAUGGAAUGGGGACCACCGCCUUCCGAGGCCUUCCGACAGGUGACGAUUCGGCGCCACCCGGACAGAGGGUUUGGCUUUGUGGCCGGUGGCGAGAGGCCCGUGGUGGUGCGUUCAGUAGUGGCAGGUGAGGAUUCCGGGGAUAAAUCUCAGCAUCGGAUCAUCGAGUUGGAAGGGGGUUGGACUAGAUGACGCUGAGGGUCUCUCUCCCCCCGACAGACACCAGCUGCCCCUUCCUUUGGCAGGCGGACCCUCGGAGGACAAACUCUUUCCCGGGGACCAGAUCUGGGCCAUCGGUGACGAAGACGUGAGUGAUGUUGCCCGGGAGAGAUUCAUCGAAAUUGUGAGGUGAGGAAGGAGGAAGCGGGUUCAAGACACGCUGGUCAGACAGGGUGACCCUUCUGAAAUUUAAGAGCUGCAGUUCCUGCCUCCUCUACAAAUCCAUGGAUUCUUUCUGGAGGAAUUUCAACGCAGGGGAGCUGGGACCUCCGAGGGUCAUCCAGUCCAACUCCCUGGAGAGGCAGAAAUCUCAAGGAAACCCUAAAUGUCUCCUUUGUUCCUUUCCUGCCACAGAAGCGCCAAGGAGUCCGCUAUCUUCACCGUGCUGCAAACCCAUCAGGUGAGAUCCCCGGGGGGUCAUCCAUCUCAACCCCCACCCCCUGGCAAGUCGGGAAUCUGCUUUUCCGGCUGAGAUUUUGGAAGGCGGCCGACCUCUCCCACAAGGCCCGUCUUUUCCUUCUCCCCUUCCAGUCGCCCAAGUCGGCCUUCAUCAGUGCUGCGAAGAAGGCCAAGCUGAGGUCAAACCCUGCCAAAGUGCGCUUCUCAGAGCCGGAGCCGGUGAGUUCUGGAAAGUUCUGGAAGGGUGGGGAUGUGGUCAUCUCCUUUCUUCAUGUCUCCGUUGCCUCUUUGGGCUUGUUAAAGAUAGCUAAUGUGCUGCACAGAGUGACUGGGGAGGCCCGGGCAGGUGGGUGAGGUAUAAGUAGUAAAUUAAGAAUAAUAAUAAUAAUAAUAAUAAUAAUAAUAAUAAUAAUAUUAUUUAUAUUUAUACCUGGCCCAUCCAGCUGGGUGAUUAAAAACAGAUUAAAAACAGAAUAAAACAUCAAAACUUAAAACUUGCCUAAACAGGGCCACCUUCAGAUGUCUUCUAAAAGUCAGGUAGUUGUUUUAUUAUAUUAUUAUUAUUAUUAUUAUUCCGCCAGCCUCUGCUUUUCCGCCCGCAGGAGAUGCUGAAGAAGGAAGCCCUCCUCCUCAUCCCCAACGUCCUGAAGGUUUUCCUCGAAAACGGGCAGGUCAAGUCCUUCACCUUCGACAGCCGCACCACCGUCAAGGUAGAAAGGGAAGCAGUGUCUAGUGAUUAGAGCAAAACUGUAAAAAUUUAUUAUUCCAAAAAGGAAACCUCCCUCUGAUUGUCACUAUUAAGGGGGUGCCAGCAAGGCUGAACCUUACUGUAAAAAAACGGAUUUAUUUUUCUUAUUCUUCCAAAAAUGCUUUUCUCUCGACCCUCCCAGGAUGUGAUGGCAACCCUCCAGGAUCGCCUUUCCCUGCGGCGGAUUGAGCAUUUUUCCCUCGUCUUGGAAUACCGCAGCCCCGAGCGGAGCCACCAGUUUCUCCUCCUACAGGAGAAGCAGCCUUUGGCCCACGUGAGUCAGGAGGGAGCCGGGGGUCAUCUAGUCCAACCCCCCCCUCACCAGAGCUUUGAAAUCCUCCCUCCCUCCCAUCCAUCCUUCCUACCUUCUUUCCUCACUCCCUUUCUCUGCCCUUCCUUCCUUCUUUCCUUCCUUCUUUCCCUCCUUCUUUCCUACCUUCUUUCCUUCCUUCGUCCCUCUCUCUCUCUCCUUCCUUCCUUCCUUCCUUCCUUCCUUCCUUCUUUCCUUCUUUCCCUCCCUCCCUCCUUCCUUCGUCUCUCCCUCCUUUUCUCCUUCCUUCCAUCAUCCCUCCCAUCCUCCCUUCGUCCCUCCCUCCCUUCCUCCCAAAUCCCACAAGGAUGGACAGGGGAAAGGGACCCCAGGGUCAUCUAGCCCACCCCCUUGCCAGAGCUCUCCUUCCUCCCCCCAGGUCGUUCAACGGACCCACUACCAAGGCAUGCGGUGCCUUUUUCGGGUCAGCUUUUACCCCAAAGACCCUGCCGAACUGUUGCGGCGAGACGCCGCCGCCUUCGAAUACCUCUACAUCCAGGUCAGCCGGCUGCUCCACCUAGUGGUCCUCACUGCUCCUCAAAUGGGCGGGGUACAAAUUUAUUAUUAUUAUUAUUUUGCUGGGGGUAAGCGCUAGUUCCAGCUCACUAGUCUUCCUAGUCCCUCGAUCUAACCACUAGGGACUGCUUACAACUCACAAACAACUAGGUGCUGCUUUCUAGUCAAUAACCACUAGUCACUGCUUCCCAGUCCCUCGCGGUAACCACUAGGCAGUGCUUAUAAUUCCCUCUCCAGAGCCGCAACGAUGUCAUCCGGGAGCGGUUUGGUGCCGACCCCGAUCCGGAGUCGCUCCUGGUCCUGACGGCGCUCCACAUCUAUAUCACCGUCUCAGCCACCCGUCCCAGCCACAAGGUGGCACUCAGAAACGUCGAGUGAGUGAGUUCCGGGGGGAACCCUGAGGGUCAUCCUGACCAACCCUUGUUCCCACACCUGGGACAGCCAACCGUCCUUCCUUCCUUCGUCCCUCACUCCCUUUUUCUGUUCUUCCUUCUUUGUUUCCUUCCUUAGGAAGGAAGGAAGGAGAAAGGAAGGAAGGGGGAAGGAAAAACAAAAAGGGAGGGAGGGACAGCAGAAAGAAAGGAGGGAGGGAGAACAGAGAAAGGAAGGAGGGAAACAAGGAAGAAAGAACAACGAAAGGGAGGGAAGGAGGAUAGAGAAAGGGAAGGAGGAAUGAAGAAAUGAACAAAGGAAGGAAUCAGGGAAGGAAGAGCAAAGGGAGGGAGGGAGGGAGGGAGGGGGGGAGGGAGGAAGAAAGAAAGGAAGGAAGGAAGGAAGGAAGGAAGGAAGGAAGGACGGACAGAGAAAGGGAGGAAGGGUCGAAGGAAGGAAACAGAAGGAAGAACAGAGGGAGGGUGGAAAUGGGGAAGGAAGAACUGAGAAAGGGAGAGAGGGAGGGGGGAGGAAGGAAGAAAGGAAGGAAGAACAGAGAAAGGUAGGCAGGAAGGAAGUACGGUAAAUUGGAGUGUGUGCGUUUCCUUUUUCUCCCCAGGAAGGAGUGGGGUCUGGAGCCCUUCUUGCCUCCCUCUCUGUUGCCGGCUACCAAGGACAAGCUCCUGCGCCGGUCGCUCUCACAACAGCUGAAGGCGCACCAGCGGCGCAGCGCCCAGGUGGGACCCUAACCCCUGGGAUGGGUCCCUAACCCCCGCCUUGAGCCUGGGGUCAGACUGGAUGACCCCAAGGGGCCCCCCAAUUCUCUCCUCGCAGGUCUCCCCUACCCGGGCCAAGCUCCAGUACCUACGCCUCCUCGACCGGCUGCCCACCUUCUCCGGUGUCAUCUUCCAGACCGUUGGGAUGGUAGGGUUUCCGAGUUCUGGUUUGGUUUCUGUUUCAGGUUCUGGGCUCAGAUUCUGGUGCCAGGUUCUGUUUUCUGGUUCCCAGUUCCGGGCUCCGGGCUUGUAUUCUGGGUUCCAGUUUCUGGUUUGGUUUCCAGUUCCUGGUUCUGGUUUCCAGUUCAGUUUGGUUAGGGUUCCGGGCUUGGAUUCUGGUUCCAGGUUCCGGUUUGGUUCCCGGCUUUGAUUCCAGUUGCGGUUCCUGGUUCAGUUCCAGUUCCUGGAUUCUGGUUCCAGGUUAUGGGUUUUGGUUUCCGGUUCCUGGUUCUGGUUUCCAGUUCAGUUCGGCUAGGGUUCCGGGCUUGGAUUCUGGUUCCAGGUUCCGGGUCCUUAUUCUGGGUUCCAGGUCUGAGUUUGACUACUCUGACUCUCUCGUAGGACGGCCAGGACACGGCCCCCACCCUCCUGGUGGGCCCCCGCCAUGGCGUGAGUCACGUCAUCGACCUCCGCACCAACCUGACUACUGUCCUGUGCGAAUUCAGCCAGAUCAGCAGAGUCCAACUCUUCCGGGAGAACCCGGGUGUGGCAAGGGUGGAGACCGGCAUUGUGGAUGCAAAGGUGGGCAGGCUGGAGGGCCGCCUGGGGGCCAUCCCGUCACUCGGAUUUUCUUUGGGUUUUUUUUCUAUCAGAUUUUCAAAAUUUUAAAUCUGAAUUUAAAAAAUUUAAAUCAGAUUUUUAAAUUAUAAAUUUGGUUUUUGAUUUAAAUAACAUUUUUAUUUAAAUCACAUUUUUAAUUUAAAUCGCAUUUUUUUCUAUUUAAAUAAAAAAAAUUAUUCAAAGAAUCAGAUUUUUUUAUUUAGAUCAGAUUUUAAUUUAAAGCACAUUUUUUAAAAAAAUUGAUUAUUUCAAUUUAUAUCGGAUUCUUUUUGUAAUGUGUAUGGGUUGCUCGUGCAUAAGUUGCCGCCUCUCCAGGCUUUGUUGCCUUGCUAAACCUUUCAGUCUGGGCAGCCCCUUCACUUCGUGGCUGCCUCAGUCGCUAGCAGAAUCCGGCCGUGGGCGUUUCUUAAAUCUUUUCCAACAUAAAAGUUGUUUGACACCCAGUCUCCUCCUACUCUCUCUGCGCGGAAGUCUUCUGCGCAGGGAGGGCGUGGGUAGCGGAGGACCCGUGCUCUCCCCGCUGGUGUCCGGUGAAGAGUCCUGGAGCCCUCUCGCAGAUUCCCCCAUCAGCCCCUCUUUAUCCCUGGUGUUGCGCUGAUUUGCUUCCCCAUCUGCGGAGCUGCCUCUCUCCCUGCUGGGCCCUUCUCCAGCAUCAUUUGAGAGCCUUCCCUCCGCCUCUAGCUCCGAUGUCAGUUCCCUGACACUUUUGAUUCAAUUUAUAUUCUGAUUUAAAUUAGAUUUUUAUUACUUAAAUCAGAUUUUUCAUUUAAAUAAUAUUCAGCCUUUAUUAUGAUGAGAACAAUAAGAAUACAGUGGUACCUCUGGAUGCAAAUGGGAUCUGUUCCUGUAGCGUUCCCAAAGCAAAGGAAGGAUUAGACUCUGAUUAAUAACACACAGAGGCUUCAACCAGCAAGACUCUGGGAGGAGUGUGUAUAAUAAUAAUUCCUGUCCACCCUUCGGCCCAGGUCGUUUUAUUCACAAAAGAACUUUUUACCCAGUUUUCGUAAGAACCAAUCAGAUUUCCUCUGAGCAUUUCAAAAAACCCCACGUGGGGACAAAGUUACACUACAAAACUAAUUUAAGCAUGCAUAUUUCUGGGGUAAAUAAAACAGAACUAAAAAGGAAGAAUGCAUUCAGCAAACCUGGAGGUCAUAAACAGCAAUAAAGGAAGGAAGGACGGGUAGUAUUUACCAUCUCUUUGUGAACACUCUUCCUGGCCCUUAAGAUCUAUCUAAAGAUUAAAAAACUACAUCAAAGAAGCUACCUGCUAUCUUUUAUGGCUCAGGAUGCCUGAUGAAGAACUGGCCUGUGUAUUUAGAAUGCUGAUACGUGCCUGUCAGGUGUAGAAAAUGAACAGUAGAGAAAAUGGCCAGAAAUGCAGAGGCUUGUGGGAUUUGAUCAGAAAUUAUUGUCAAUGAAUCUAACCCAGUCAAUGCCAUGCUUUCAUAUGCACAAUGGCUUGAUGCAUAUUUUAUAAUUCCUCAUAGUAAUCCCAUCUGAUCCCCACACUCUGGAAAUGUGCACUCCUACAGUUCCAGAGCCCCAUUCGCAUCCUGAAGCGAACGCAACCCGUGUCUGCACGUGUCGCGAUUUGCCAUUUCUGUGCAUGCGUAUGACGUCAUUUUGAACAUCUGCGCAUGCGUGAGUGGCGAAACCCAGAAGCCCGUACUCUAUUACUUCUGGGUCGCCGCGGAGCACAACCUGAAAAUAUUCAUCCCGAAGCUACUUCAACCUGAGGUAUGACUGUAUAGUAAUAGACUAGAAUAUUGUAUGGUCCUAUUAUUCCAAUAAUAAUAAUAAAGAUCAAUAUUUUAUGAUUUUAUGAUUCCAAUACUACUUCUCUCCCCAGCCGCUGGUGCUUCUGAUGGAGUGGCCAGAAGCCACCAAUUUUGCUGGCCUCAUUUCUGGCUACUGCCACCUACUGGCUGACUCCAGAAGGACGCUUUUCCCGGUCGCACCGCCUCCCAUGACCAAGGCAGGUACGUUUCCAAGCAAGGGAAAUUCCAAGCAGCUGAAAGUCAGAUUUUUCUGGAGGGGAUGAAAUCCCAGAAUCCCAGAUUGAUGGAAGCCAGCCUGGGCCCCUAUUAUUAUUAUUAUUAAAUUUACUCUUACAUUUCUCCAACAAAAAGGGACAAUUUUAAUAAUAAUAAUAAUAAUAAUAAUAAGUCUUACAUUUCUCCUAUGAAAAUAGGCAUAUGCUAAAUAACAACAACAAAACAACAAUAAUGCUUUUACAUUUCUCUGUUGAGACGACAGCAACAAUUUUACAUUUCUCCUAUGAGAACAAUGUUGUUGUUGUUUAGUCGUUUAGUCGUGUCCGACUCUUCGUGACCCCAUGGACCAGAGCAUGCCAGGCACUCCUGUCUUCCACUGCCUCCCGCAAUUUGUUCAGACUCAUGUUCGUAGCUUCGAGAACACUGUCCCACCAUCUCGUCCUCUGUCGUCCCCUUCUCCUUGUGCCCUCCAUCUUUCCCAACAUCAGGGUCUUUUCCAGGGAGUCUUCUCUUCUCAUGAGGUGGCCAAAGUAUUGGAGCCUCAGCUUCACGAUCUGUCCUUCCAGUGAGCACUCAGGGCUGAUUUCCUGAAGAAUGGAUAGGUUUGAUCUUCUUGCAGUCCAUGGGACUCUCAAGAGUCUCCUCCAGCACCACCUAUGAAAAUAGGGACAUCCUAAAUAACAGCAACAAUAACAGCAACAGCAUCAAAACAACAACAAUCAUGCUUUUACAUUUUUCUGCUGAGAAUAGAGACAUCAAUAAUAAUAAUAGAAUUAUUAAUUGAAUUUAUAUACCGCUCAAUUCCUGGGUCCCCCUGUUGUUGUUGUUGUUAUAUUUUAUGUUAUGUUAUGUUAUGCCAUGCCAUGCUAUGCUAUUCUUUUUUAUUCUUUUCUUUUUAAUUAAUUGAAUGUAUCUACCAGCCUACAUCCUGGAGUUCCCAGAUAUAUAAUUUACUAUACAUAGAAUUCAAAUAUUAAUAUGAAUAUUAGUACUUAUAUUAUUAUAAGAAUGAGAAUGAGAAUUUAUAUACCAGCUCCCAUGACCAAGACAGGUACAUUUCCAAGCUUAGAAAAUUCCAACCAGCUGAGAUGUCUGAUUUUUCCAAAGGGAAUAAAAUCCCAGAUUGAGGGAAGCCAGCCUGGGUCCCUGUUAACAACAACAACAACAAUUGAUUUAUAUCCCGCCCAUUCGUCCACUCUUAUAUUUCUCCAACGAGAAAAGGGACAAUCAUCAUCAUCAUCAUCAUCAUCUCACAUUUCUCCAAUGAAAAUAAGCAUAUCCUAAAUAACAACAACAGCAACAAGAAAAGAACAAUAAUGUUUCCCCGCUGAGAAUAGAGACGUCAAUAAUAAUGACCACAAUCAUUUUACAUUUUUCCUAUGAAAAUAUGGAUGUCAUUAACAACAACAACAAUUUUACUCUUUCGUUUCUCCAACGAUAAUAGGGACAAUCUUAAUAAUAAUAAUAAUAAUUUUACAUUUCUCCUAUGAAAAUAGGGACAUCCGAAAUAACAGCAACAAUAACAGCAACAGCAACAAAACAACAACAAUCAUGCAUUUAUAUUUCUCUACUGAGAAUAGAGACGUCAAUAAUAAUAAUAGUAAUAAUAAUACAUUUAGGUGCAGAAAAUAUGAAUGCCCUACGGACACGCAGGAGGUUCCAGGUUUGAAUCAGGCCAAUCAUGGGUCAAGAGGGUUGGACUAUACAACCCCGGAGCACCUUCCCUGGCAACCAUCCUCACCCUCCGGUCUCUUCUUUUCCAGGCAGAGAGAAGGAGGCUGGGAACCGUAGUGCCUGCAGCAACCGCCGUGCUAUGCCACCGGAGCUGCCACGCCGCCGCCGCCCCGACCUCAACCAGAACCGGAUCUUCGGAGAUGGGGAAACGCGGCCCAGGACGAAGUCGGAUCCAGUGCUGAAACUCCCGGGUGCCGAGGGCGAGGGCUGCGGUGCCAGGCGUGCCCGAGCCCGCUCGGUGGACGGUCCCGGACGGAGCCUGGGCCGUGCUGGCCUGGAUCUGACGGCGCUGCCGCCGCCGGGCAGCGAGGGCGAUGAGGACGACCCCACCACCGCCCUGGCCAUCGCGGCACCGCCACCUGGCUUCGGGGACAAUAGCUCUGAUGAGGACGACGCCCGGCGCCAGCGGGCGGCACUAAGCGAGGAUGCCGGGUGCCAGCUACCGGUGACCUUCGUCGAGGCGGUGGUGCCGGGGUCCCGGACAGUCCGGGAACGAGCCCAGGAUCUCGACGAGGCGCUGGUGUCGACCCUGCAGGCCCUGGAAGCCCUGGCGGAGGCGGAGGAUGGACCACCGGCGCCAGCCACGGGUAUCGAAGAUGGCGUCGAGCCCACCCCCUGAAAUAGGGAUUAGGAAUAGGGUUAUUAGUAUUAGUAGUAGUGGUAAUAGUAGUAUUGAAGAGGGUGUCAAGUACACCCCUAGGUUAGGGAUAGAGUUAUUAUUAUUAUUAGUAGUAGUAGUAGUAGUAGUAGUAGUAGUAUUAAUAUUAGUAUUGAAGAGGGUGUCAAGUCCACCCCCAGGCAUAGGGAUAGAUUAUUAUUAUUAUUAUUAUUAUUAUUAUUAUUAUUAUUAACAUCAUCAUCAAUAUCAUUAUAAGUAGUAGUAGUAGUAUUGAAGAGGGUGUCAAGUGAGGUGUUCUCAAAGUAAAGGAAGAAUUGAACUCUGAUCAAUAAGAAUACACACAGAUGCUUGAACCAGCAAGACUCUGGGAAGGGUGCGUAUAAUAAUCUGUCUCUCCACCCUCCGGCCCAGGUCGUCUUAUUCACAAAAGAACUUUUUACAGAGUGUUCGUAAGAAGCAAUCAGAUUUCUUCUGAGCAUUUCAACAAACCCCAUGUGGGGACAAAAUUAAACUACUAAAACUAAUUAAGCACACAUAUUUCUGGGGUAAACAAAACAGAACUACAAAGGAGUGCAUCUGGCAACCCCGGGAGGUGAUAAACAAGCAAUAUACAUAAGGAUGGCCAGGAAGACAGGUAUCAUUUCCCGGCCCUAAGAUCAACAUCCUGAGAUUAACAUUUCAGAAAAGCUACAUCAAAGAAACUUGCCCACUAUCUUUAUGGCCCAGGAUGCAUGCCUGGCAAAGCAACUGGGCUGUGUACGUGACUUGUCAAGAAAGAGAAAUGGGCAGUAGAGGAAAUGGCCAGAGAUGCAGAGGGUUGUGGGAUUUGGUCAGAAAUUAUUGUCAAUGAAUUAAACCCAGUCAACACAAUGCAUUCAUCGUGGACACAAUGGCUUGAUGCAUAUUUUAUAAUUCCUCAUGGUAAUCCCAUCUGAUCACUACAGUUGAAUCCAUCCCUUGGGAUAGGGAUUAGGGAUAGGAUUAUUAUCAUCAUCAACAACAACAACAUUAUUAUUAUUAUCAUUGUUGAUGAUGAUGAUUAUUAUUAUUAUUAUCAUCAUCAUCGUUGUUGUUGUGUUUUGGGAGCUGCCCAGAGUGGCUGGGGAAACCCAGCCAGAUGGGCAGAGUAGAAAUAAUAAGCUAAUAAUAAUAAUAAUUAGGGUUAGGGAUAGGGGUUCAAGAUAGGGAUAGGAGUUAGGGAUAGGGAUUAGGGAUAGGGUAAUAACCCUAGUAUUAUGAUUAUUAUUCAACAUCCUAAUGCUCCCGGCCCUUGUGGUUUCUCCAGGUCUCAUCGUCCUGGCCGCCCUCGACCCCGACUCCGGCCGUGACGCAGACGCUUCCCCCAACGCCACCUACUUCCUGGCGCAACGGGUCGACCCGGAUGGCUUCCUGGUCCAGAAGGACCUACCUUUCCGCUUGAGAGGCUGUGGGGCGCCCACUUGGCAGGCAAAGACUGGGAAGUCCUCACCAGCGUGGCUCGCUGAGGCCAAACCAAGUCCCAGCGCUCAGCCUUGCCCCUCGAACCCUGAACCGGAGUGUCCCCAGAAGGAGACAGAGAGCUGCCAGGUGCCGGCGGAUAGGAUCUGGAGAGAUACUAUGGUUCCCCCGCUCCAGGAAGUGUCUGAUCUCGAACCCAAGGUGCCACACGGAGAGGAUCUGGAGGUCCCGGCACAGCCGCGGGUGCCCCGGCCGGCGUUCCGCUUCCGGAAGCUCUUCUCAGCGACAUUCCCAGCACGGCUCAAACGGGAAACGGAUGAGCGCCGGGCGCAACUCCGGAAAGUGAAGCAGUUUGAACUGGAGUUCCUGGAGCAACUCCUGAAGGGUCCGGCGCCGGGGGGCUGUGGUUGCCCACCUGGCACCAGCCCUGUGCCAACAGCGCCCAGUGUGUUGCGGUGCGACUGCCGAGGGAGAGAGAGUUGCCCGCAGCGGGUGGCACAAGGAUUCCCGAGUCGACGGGUGCGCUCGGCCAGCCCAGAGCCGAGAGAUGUGGAAAAGAGCGCCUCCUGCCUGGGGACCGAGUGUGUGGUGGCAGCAGCGCCACGCUACGAGAAGCUGCAGCGCUGCGCCAGCGGGGAAGGGGCCAUUCCAGAAGAGGGUGAUCCAGCGCCGCGUUUCCCGGAUGACAUGUGCCCACGGCAACUGGGGCCGGGUGGAGAGGGCUGCUGCUCAGUGCGCUCCUGCUUCUCAGCGCGGGGAGGUGACGACGAGGCCGAUGAGCUGUGCUACUCGGUGCCGCCAAUGCCAAUGCCGGCAGCAGCCCGGACACAGGAGAUUGACCUGCGGGCAGCAUCGGGCCUCGACCGCAUCCGGGAGCUGUGCGGCCGGGAGUACGCCUUCCCCGGUGGGUUCUCAGCGGUGAGGCACGACGCUGAACGGCUGCUGGGCGCCCUGCGGCAAUGUGCAGCAGCGGCAGGGAAUGGGGCGUCGGUGCCAGAUGAGGGCCGGCGGGAGCUGGCACUGGCCUUCCGGGAGCUGAGGGCCGCCUGCCGGCGGGUGGCAGGCGCCGAGAAGAGCCCGGCACGGCUGCUGCCGGCCGUCGCCGGGAGCUUCCGGGUGCUGGCGCGGUUGGCGGAGACGGCAGCGGUGGUGGGCAAAGAGGCACGGCGGCGGGCACUGCUGGCUCAGGUGGAGGAGGUGGCGAGGAACUACACCGCCCUGGCAAGGGCGGCGGAGCAGUCAGCAGCCAGGCAGGCGGGCGAGGAGUCAGUGCGUGGCAAAAGUGAGGCUUGCUGA